AUGUGGUACACGAUACUUCCAGUUGUUGCCUGCCUCGCGCUUGCUAAGGCCCAGACAAGCGACACAAUCUCAAGCGUCGCAGCAGCUUUCACUAACUUCUCCAUCGUUCCCGAUGUUCUCUCAUCCUUUGCUCCCAUCGGUCUCCUGGACGUCGUGUUCACCGAUCCAGCCACAGGUGAGACGUUGCACGUCACCCCGGGAACGAAUCUCACCAUGGAGCAGACCUUGAACGAGCCUCAGUUCUUCUUCACCACGAAUGACACCUCAUUGUCCAACUCAACAUUCGUCAUUGUCCUUGUCGAUCCGGAUGCACCAACCCCACAAAACACCUCCAUCUCGCAGUUUAGACAUAUGUUAGCGGGAGAUUUCAUGCUUUCCAACAUGGGCAACACGAUCAACGAAUCUGCGCUCACGAACACAAGUGCCGCAGUGACACCUUUUGUCAACCCAACGCCACCAGCGGGCUCUGAUCCCCACCGAUACGUCGUGCUCCUCUUCGAGCAACCUUUCAACUUCGACACCGAAGCGCCUAUGCUCAUCACUCCCGACACACCCCGCAAUAACUUCAACCUCACCAUCUUCAACGAAACGCUUAAUCUUGGCCCGCCUCUCGCCGGAAAUUUCUUCCUCACCGGGCCCGACAACUCAACGACUACCGCUUCCGCCACCACCGGGUCGGCGGCCAGUCUAAGCACGUCUUUCGGCAAUCCGUCAGGUUCGGGCAGCGUAGUUUCUGUCACGGGUGGUGCAGCAUCGAGUGUCACGAAUGCGGCGAGUACCCCAACAAACACCGCGACGAGUGGGGCUAUUGAGACAAUUGGCUGGAGGAAGGAUUGGAAGAAUGUCGUGUUGGUCAUGGGCGGGGUGUGGAUGGGAGUGUGGGUGUUGCAGUAG